ACCCAACUCUGAGUUUUGGUACUGCCAGCACACAACCCAAAAUCUCAGUCCUCAGAACUUUGGUUUCACCUGGUAUAGUUACUGAAAGGAUUUUUAAAAAAUGGAAUGGAUAACUUUUCUUCGCAUGGUGGUGACCAGCCACCAUGCCUCCUAAUCGCAAGCCAGAAGACACUCUCUUGAAGAAACCCCUCACGCUGGGUCUCAGCCAAAGUUUCCCCAGUUCUGCGUUAUCGACUGCACUGAAACAAGUCAAAAUCGAGAUGGAGGAUACAGAUUUGCCCGACCUGAGCAGCAGCUGCUUUGGAGCCAUUCGAAUGGACAAGGGCCCGCUGGACGACGAUGAACUGAAGCCCCUCGGGUGGUUGCACACCACGAAUGUUCUUAAAGACAUCAAUUUGGACGAUGAUGAUGACGACGAUGAGUCGUACUCGAAGGAAAACGACGUUGGUAGCAAUACGUAUAAUGGUUAUGGAUACCAGGACGAUCCUAUGGACCCACAUCGACAUAUUAACAGCAAACCUCCUUUUUCCUUCAGCUGCCUCAUAUUCAUGUCGAUAGAGGACUGCCCUCUAAAGCGUCUUCCCGUCAAGGAAAUCUACAGGUACAUUCAGGAUCACUUUCCAUACUUCCGCACGGCGCCUACGGGCUGGAAGAACUCAGUGCGACACAAUCUCUCUCUCAACAAGUGCUUCCGAAAAGUCGACAAAAUCAAGGGACAAUCAUUAGGUAAAGGUUCAUUAUGGUGUGUGGAUCCCGACUACAGGCCCAACCUUCUUCAGGCUCUGCGAAAGACACCGUACCAUCCUUACCAUCAUGUCCUGCCAUACUCACCCUAUGGUUUCUCAGGAGGACCACUUUCCAACAUCUCAAGGUAUCUAGAGUUGUUCUUACCUUCAUGUUCAUACCCCCUCCGAACUCUGAACCACCACUCCAACCCCCUUCCCCUCUCUUACCCCUUAACCCCUCCCUAAUACCUUACCAUCCGUAUCAUCAUGUCCUGCCAUACUCACCCUAUGGUUUCUCAGGAGGACCACUUUCCAACAUCUCAAGGUAUCUAGAGUUGUUCUUACCUUCAUGUUCAUACCCCCUCCGAACUCUGAACCACCACUCCAACCCCCUUCCCCUCUCUUACCCCUUAACCCCUCCCUAAUACCUUACCAUCCGUAUCAUCAUGUCCUGCCAUACUCACCCUAUGGUUUCUCAGGAGGACCACUUUCCAACAUCUCAAGCAAUCAAAACAGGCUUUCUACAGUUCUCUCAGCUUACAAUGGAGUUCCCAUUCCAGG